UGAUACAAGUUAAUUAUAUAUUUAUGGUAAUGUUGAGAAGCUAUUACUUCCUGUAAGGAUGUAAGCAUUGAUUGGUAAAGUAUUAAAGGGAGUUUGGCAGAGGAGAAUGUUAAAUUGUGAAAGUUAAUUCUGUAAAAGUAAAAUUACAAAAAUGAGGUUUAUUUUUCUGUGUUUUGUUUUGUUAGUAAGUGCUGGGUUUAAUGAAGCAAAAAGAACCAGAGUCAUCAGCAAAUGGAGGUUAACGGCAAUCGCGAACAAGUUAUUCGCGCACAGGCUUUUCAUGGAGGUAGCGAGGACGACCCCCGAGCAAGAAAACUUUUUUAUUUCUCCGUACGCAGUGUCCGCUGGGUUGUCUAUGACCUUAUAUGGCGCCCACUCAACCACGGCAAGGGAAAUAAUGGACACGCUUGGCUACACACAACUUUCAACGUCCGGCAACUUCAACCAAGCGAAAGUCCCUCGUUUAUACCAGAAGAUGUUGCACCAAGUUCACCAAAAAGACCAUGGGUUUGAGCUCACUUCAGUAAAUCGAAUGUUUGGGGAAUCAAGGAACAUAUUUGUCCCCAGUUACGUGAAGGGAGUUGAACAUUUCUAUGGUGCUAAGCUUAAAAAGGUUCCUUUCCGACGAAACCCCGAGAGAGCUCGACAAGAAAUAAACACCUGGGUUGAAGAAGUGACAAACGGGACGAUACGAGAAGCUCUUCCACCUAAUUCUGUAACCGCUGAAACUUUGCUUGUGCUCAUGUCUACACUCUAUUUUAAGGGCUUAUGGGAGAAACCAUUUGAAAUAAACUUACGAUCAACUUUCUACACAACAAACAACGAACAAUACCAAACGGACUUCGUUCAACAGACCAUGUUUGCCUUGCAUUCGUUCUCAGAGCAAUUUCAAGCCCAUAUUGUAGAACUACCGUUUAAGACUUCAUCCAGCAGAUACAAAAUGGUUAUGCAACUAAUACUGCCUGAAAGCAGAGGUGCCGACAAUUUAAACUUAAUUGAAGAUCAGUUUGAUGAAGAAAACUUUGAUUUUGCUACAGAAGACCAAGAGAAUAUAAGUGUUACUAUACGACUGCCCAAAUUUCGACUUGAAUACGAAACAGAUUUAAAAGAAACACUUUACAAUAUGGGAAUCCAAAGUCUUUUCUCGCGCGGUGAGGCAGAUUUAAGUGGGAUCAGUACAAAUGGGGACCUCAGUUUGGGAUCGGCUCACCAUAAAACAUUCAUACAGGUUGACGAGUCUGGGACGACAGCGGGCGCGUCGUACGCACAAGGUGGAUUCAGGAGUGUUUCGGACCUUGACCUUGUGUUCAACCAUCCAUUCAUUGUAAUAAUAAGAGAGAAAUACACACAAAUGCCUAUGUUCAUGGGAAGGGUGGCAAGGCCAAUGUAUUAACGACAUUUAACAACAAACUUUUGAACUUGGAGUUCACAGUUCAAACAAAAUAACUAAAUUAGUUUUCUUUUGACAAUAUCCAUUACUUGCUAAAUAUUUAAUCUAUCAUUCAACAACAAACAAGAAUUUACCUUUGAAAAUUACUAUUUAUAAAUUACAACUAAACAGGUUUCUUUGGCUAUAAUUAUAUCGCAUUACAUUACAUUCUCUAUUGCCCAAUACUUCACCAAUAACUAAAUAAAGCUAUCAUUCAACAAUAAACCUGAAUUUGAACUUUGUAAUUAACAACAAAACAUGGAUCAACCAGUUUUCAAUUAGUAUCACCAAUAUAUAACUUUUUCUAUUGCGUAUCACUUUGCCCAAUCAAUUAAUUAAUAGAACAAUAAACAUAAAUUUGAACUUGUAAUUCCUAUUCAUAAGAUACAAUUAAACCAGUUUUUGUUUACCUUCGAUAUUCCUAUUCCUAUUACCCGUUACUUGCUAAUUAAUUAAAGCAAUUAAUUCAACCACUAACUUUUAUCAACAAUUCAUAAUGCACAAUUAAACCAGUUUUUGAUUUCCAUUAUUAUGCUAAACAACUACGACAAUUAAACAACAACCAACAUCAAGUUAAACUUUGUAGUUUAUAAAAACUAAAUCACUUUUCUAUCAUUGUAACUUAAAAUUUAACCACUUUUCCAUUACUAUUACCAAUUUCAUACUUUUUCUAUGCGUUUUACUUUUACCAACCAAUUAAGAAAUUUAUUCAACAAAUAUAAAACAUUGUAUUCUGUUACUUCUGCUACCAGUCAAAGUAAAAACAUCUUAUUAAGUUUUCAACUGCAUCAGUUUUUACGCAAUAUUGUAUAUGUUUUCUGUGUGAACUAUUUCUGCCAUACAUUAUAUAUAUCUAACAAAACUUUUCUUGCAAUUUCAUUUUUGUCCCUACAUUUUUAAAUGCCUGUUCAGGACAUCUUUAUAAAGAAAUAAAGACGUCAAACGAUGGUAUACAAAAUGAAUUGCAAGAACAGCUUUAUUAGAUUGCUUUGCUAUUUCAUAUAAUAUUACAAUGCUCCUAUACAUUAAUGUACUGCUAUAAUACAUUACUGGUAUAGCCUAUGCUUUAUUAUACAUAAUAUAACAUGUUUGGUAUUUCUACAAUAUAUAUGUACUACUAUACAAAUAAUGCAUUGCUGAUUUUCUAUAAUGCAAAUAUGCUGUACUACCAUGCUAAAUGUCUUGCUAUACAUAUUAUUACAAGCAUUACUAUAGAUAUUUAAACAUGUACUGAUGUAAUUACUUCAUAAUUCAACACAAACUGACCUACACCUCAUACUGCACAGCAUCGAACGUUAUUAAAAUAAUAAAGUUGAUCAAAAAAUA